AUGUCGCAUUCGUCUCCUUCACCGAUAUUAGUCUCAACUGCAACACAGCAACCACUACAAUCAAAGGCACCGUCACAGUCACAGUCACAGCAUCUGUAUCUUCACCUGCACCUGCAUCAACAACAACUUCAUCCUCCUCGUUUAGAUCACAAUUUCAGUCUACAAAGUGAGUCUACUUCCCAAAAACAACAACCACAUCUGCAGCAAUCAAUCACUCCAUCCACUCCUCACAGUCAAAUGUCGAAGUUGGAUCCCCCAUUACUAGCAACAAAAACUACACCUUCGACAUCUAGCAACACCUUAUUUGCAGGAGACGCUUAUCUUCAGCGAAAACUUGAAUCAAAAUCACCCACAUUUGGUCUCAAACCACUGGAAAUUUCUGGAAAAAGCACACCUCGAGAUAAUCUAAUCCAUCAUAACUUACCAAGACAAGCCCAAACCGAACAAUCAUCACAACAAUGUUCACCAUUCUCUACUCCCAAACGAUUAUCAUUUGAUCACAUGAGUCAGAAUAAUGGCCACUCAAACUUGCAUUAUGGAAACCAUCAGUCUGGACACAUUGACAGGGAUCCCAUUUCACCUCGUCAGCUAUCAUCCACGGACAAUGACGCAAUGAAUAAAUUACAUGCCAAAUUGGAGCACACGAGGGAUAAAAACAACAGCAUCACUACCACUACCACUACCGCCUCUCAUCCAAUAUUCAGACUUCGAUCUCCUCAACCACCUCCGCAAUCACCAUUAGCACACACACAACUUUUAUCACCUCUGCAUUCACAGCUAUAUUUAAACACCAAUUCGAGACCUUCAACGCCGUCUGGGUAUGAUUCACCAGUCAAAGAAACUAAACGUGUAUUACUAGAAUAUGACCCUAUAACAAGAAGAAAAGUGUUGAACACUUAUGAGAUUUUAAAAGAAAUUGGAAGAGGUGAACAUGGAAAAGUCAAGUUAGCCAAGGAUCUAAUCAAUAAUGAAUUAGUUGCCAUUAAGAUUGUCAAUAGAAAAUCGAAAAAGGAACGACCUUCAUUGAGGAUACGAAAUAGCAAUAAUGGCAAGACAAGUAGCAUCAGUGAACACGAAUUAAAAAUUAAAAGAGAGAUUGCCAUUAUGAAAAAAUGUCGACAUAAGCAUAUCGUCUCAUUGAAGGAAGUUUUGGAUGAUAUAAGCUCCUUCAAGAUUUAUCUCGUGUUGGAGUUUAUGGAAAAGGGUGAAAUCAAAUGGAAGAAGCUUCAACAAGAUAUAAUUCAUGGAAAAAAUCAACUGGAAAAUGACUGCAGUGAUCUGGAGAUACCUUGUUGUGGACGACAAAGUGGAGGCGCACCUCGCCAACCACAUCAUCGGUUUUCCACUGAAGAAGAUUUACUUUCCAACGAAUUCAGUCCCAAUUUGACAUUUAGACAAUCAAGAAAGAUUUUUAGAGACGUUUUAUUAGGAUUGGAGUAUCUUCAUUUGCAAGGGAUUGUACAUCGAGAUAUCAAACCAGCAAACUUGUUGGUAUCAUCGGACAACACAGUUAAGAUUAGUGAUUUUGGUGUUUCAAUUGCUUCCUCCUUGAUUGAGGAAGAUCAAGGGAUCUUGGUUAAUGAGUUGGAUUUAGCGAAAACUGCCGGAACACCAGCAUUUUUUGCUCCUGAAUUAUGCCAACUCGAUGGGGAGGAGGAUGAUGACAAUGAUGGCGAUGGCAGCAACAGCAGCGAUGGCGAUACCACCGAUGCAUCAUCCACUAAAAAAUCACCCAGGAUUGACUACAAGAUUGACAUUUGGGCGCUAGGUGUAACAUUGUAUUGUUUAUUAUUUGGAAAAGUCCCAUUCAAUGCUGAUUCCGAGUUUGAGCUUUUCAAUGUGAUUGUUAAUCAGCCAUUACAAUUCCCACCUGAUAUUGAAUCUUUCAAUUCUCCAGGAUGGGUUACUGAAGAAGAAUUUGAACUUGCCAAAGAUUUGUUGUCGAAGCUUUUAAAGAAAAAGAGUUUCGAAAGGAUUACAAUACAAGAGAUUAAAGAGCAUCCGUUUACACUCAUGGACCUCGACAAUAAUCUUGAAGCAUUGCAUGAAUUGUUUAAUUUGAAUUCGUCAACGGCAAACAGUCCCUUGGACUUUAACUUGAGCGAUCAAGAUAUUGUGACUAAUGAUGAGAUUGAAAACGCUAUAAUUGGUUGUGGAACUAGAAUCAAACGAAGUUUGGUUAAAGCAAUCAAAGCCGGUGGCAUUAAGGAUUCCGAGUUGAAGAGUAAAUUUCAAGCUUUGCAAAUGGAACAUUCCAAGAGUGAAUCCAGCGAUGAAUCUUCAAGUGGGUAUUCAACAUUCAAUUCAAGCUAUAAAUUGAGCUCAUUGCCGCACAAUACCCACUCUGUAAUCUUGUCUGAACAGCCAAUGGUUAUUUCAUCACCAUUGCAAUUGAAUGGCGAAGAUGCACGACCAACAAAGACGAGAUCGAGAACUGAUUCAUUCACACAUAAUCCUCAUGUGCCGUCGCAUUUAUCACAACAGGUUUCUAGCAAUUCAAGCUCGCCAGUUUCGGUACAAACACCAGUUGCAAUUUCUGGAUCUAAUGGAAGUCAUAGAGAUGGUUCAAAGAGCUUGCUUCAUGAACGUCUAGACUCACAAAGUGGUACUCCCAGUAGACGUGGAAGCUUUGCCCGUAAAAGUUUCAUCCACGACAUUAUUGAAUCACACAGUGGAGCAUCCAGCAGAAGAGGUAGUGCUGCUGCCAUUCCAAUUGUUGAAGCGCCACAAAUUGAAACGAAGCGGAAUGUUGGUGGUAAUUUAUAUUUGAAAAAUCAAUCCAUUGUCGAUACAUUCAAAGGUAUACAAGAGCAAGACGAUAAACGGAGACGAUCAAGUUUGUUUUCCAAUAAUAUUGGGACAUCAAACAAGAAUUCGAUAUCACAAGAUGUGCACUCCAAUCAAUCAUCGCUUGGACAACUGGUGUACACCAACCAAUCAUCGUCACCACAACUCCCACAACUACCCCCACAACAACAACAACAACAACAACAACAACAACAACAACAACAACAACAACAACAACAACAACAACAACAACAACAACAACAACAACAACAACAACAACAACAACAACAAAAGGAGACGUCUUCUGCGCUUGUUACUCCAAUCCCAGUACCCGCAGUAAAACCAAAUUUUGAAUUUUUCCGCAAUACCGGUUUGAAGCUGGAUGAUUUGUCAGACACUGAUCCGACCCAAGGAGCCAGACGUGAACUGCAGUUGUUUAAAUUCAUUGAUAAAACAACAGACAAUCUGGUUGAAGGUGACCCUAUUGGAUCAUCAUUUAUGUCAUUACCAUUGACCGGCAGUUUUGCGUCCUUGGAUAGUAUCAAUGAUGAAGUGUUGCAUUUGAAGUAUAAACCAGUAACCAUUACCGAUCCAAAUGAGGAGCGUCCUAUUACUUCGUUGAGGAAGAGAUCAAGUUUUUCCGAUUCAAACUUGCUCAAGAAUGUUACGAAUCCUACAGCUGAUUUGAAUAACAAAUUCGAGUCAUUCAACUUGGAAGACCUGAUGAAUGUUGGUAAACAAAGUAGGGGUGCGAAGCGAUUGAGUGAUGAUGAUGGAGUUGCACCCGGAGCUAAACCAGUGAUUUCAUUGACAAGACAAUCAAGUAGUGAGUCGUAUUCUUCGUAUUCUUCUUCCUCCAGUGGCUGUUCCAACAAUGAUUCUGCCGCUGAAGAAGAUGAAGAAGAUGAUGAUGAUGAAGAGGAGGAUGAAGAGGACUCCAAUGAGGACUCCGAUGAGGAUUCCGAUGAGGAAAACCUAACACUCGCAUUCCACUCUAAAGUGACACCAACAAGAAGACCUCCAUUUUUAUCAAUUGGUCAACGUUCUAAAUCGCAUGAUUCAAGGUUACCUUAUAUCGUUUCACGAGGUGAAUCUGUAGGUGAUACCACCGACGCUGUCAUAUUUAAUAGUGACUCACACGAUUUUGAAGAUGUGCCUAUGGAUUUGAUUGAUUCCACCACCCCAGAUAAUGCAUCUAGGUCCACUGUACAAUCUAUUCAGUUCAAGCAAGGGCCACCAUCAUCACAAGAGCACAGCAGCACCGGCUCAUCAUCAAAGCAUCUCGAUCCAUCAACAAUACCAUCAAUACCGUCACCACAACGGUCGUCUCAACUGCAGCUACUGCAAUCGCCACGACGCCCACAACUGUCGGCUGCCAAGAGCAACGACGACAAGAAGGCCCAAUUCUUGGCUCAAAUAACUGCAUCACAACAGAAACAACCACCAUCAACACCUCAAGCCAUACUUCGUGAAAACAUUUUCCAUCAUCAAUUCAAUAAUCAUUACAACAAGGCACCAGUAUAUUCAAACUUUCCCAAUUCGAACCAUUUAGGCAACAACCCUCAACAAAUUGUGGAAUCAUCCGCAAAAAAGUAUAAGCAAAACCGCCCCAAUUAUUAUCGCUCCAAUUCUGUUGCCGUGGGGAUUUUGCAACAUACACUGGAUGAAAUGUUGGAGGAUAUGAUUGAACAAAGAAAGGAGAAGGCGUGA